AUGAACAGAGGAGCGGUAAAACGCAGUCCGAGUUUAUCCCAAAUGUCAGCCACGAAUGUCCUUCAAAUAUCUCCCAUAGAGACUCCCUCUCCCACUGGCGCAAACACACUCAACCGUCCAGCUCAAGCCUCACAAUCUCUCUACCAACUCUGUCUAGAUCUCAUCAACCGUUUAUACUGUGUCGAAGGCUUUGAACAAUAUUUAGACCAAGAUACACAGAAUGACACUCCAGUCGGAUUAUUAUGGCAGACUUUUAGAUUAGGAUAUCCAUUAUGCAUGCUAUUCAAUGCUAUGAAGCCUGGAAAACCGAUAGCAGAAGAGUUCUGUAAACCGAAUACGGGCGACAAUAAGGAGACUGCUACAAAGAAGAUGUUGUAUCAAUUUAGCGUUGGCUGUAAGAACGAAUUGGAUCUAAAUCAUGACGAAACCUUUACUGUAUCGGCAUUUACAAAAGACGACACAGACGGACUAGUAAAGGUCAUCAACGCAGUAAAACGCAUUCUCGAUCGCAUGGAAGCUAAAAAUCUUCUCAUUCCUUCCCGUCGACAAGUACGCACCUCUGAACCAAUACAACCAACUGAUAGCAGAGCACGAGUAGUAAACGAGAUACUCGAAACUGAACGCAAAUAUGUACAAGAUCUUGAGGCACUCCAAACCUACUCAAACGAAUUAAUUAAACAAGAAAUUAUAAGUGCUGAUACGAAUCACAAACUAUUCGCGAAUUUGAACCAUCUCGUAGACUUUCAAAGGAGAUUUUUGAUAGGUGUUGAGGACAAUGCUGCCAAGCCACCAGCUGAUCAGCGGUUUGGAUUAUUGUUCAUAGAAAAGGAAGACUCGUUUGAAGUAUAUGAGCCAUUCUGUGCGAAUUAUCAGUAUGCAUCAGAAUUAGCAAUUCAGGAGACUGACAAGUUGCAGAAAUUGAAACAUGUUGUCGAACCGACAUACGAGUUGCCUUCUCUAUUAAUUAAACCUAUACAACGUAUUUGUAAAUACCCUCUGUUGCUGCAAGAACUUCUUAAAUAUUCGGACCAAAAUGAAACACCAUAUUACAAUGAAAUAGAACGAGGGCUUAAGGCCAUAAAACGUGUGGCUGACCGUGUUAAUGAAACCCGUCGCAAGCAAGAGAAUGAGGCCGUGGUCAAAGAGCUCGAACGCCGUGUUGAAGACUGGAAAGGUCAUAGCGUAUCCUCAUUCGGCGUCCUCUUACUCGAGGACGUUUUCAUCAUGUCGAAAGAUGAUUCCGAACGUGAAUAUCACGUAUACCUAUUCGAGAAGAUUCUAUUAUGUUGUAAAGAGAUGGCUCAAAGGAGACCUCAGACGCCAGGAAGGAGUUUGUUAACCCAGAGGAGGCCUAAGCGUGCGAGUUUACAGUUGAAAGGAAGGAUUUUUAUACACAAUAUUUCAGCUGUUGUUAACAAUAGUCGGAGUGGACUCUGGUCUCUCAAAGUGUUUUGGCGCGGUGAUACAGAAAUGGAAUCUUUUUCUCUUAAAUGCCGUAACGAAGAACAGCUAAAGCAAUGGCAGUCGACUUUGGAGAAAUUGGUCACCGAUCAAAAUAGCAGCAAUCGCCAUACUCUCCCGGCUCAAAUGUCGAAGCCAAUCGACGUAUAUAUAGAGAAAGAAAAACGCACCCCGGUAUCAAAUACUCAACUUGUUUCAUUACAGAAUCUCACACCCAAUUCAUAUUACCGUGAUGAUGAUGCAGCGAGCCAAAGCUUACCAUACGGGCAGAUGCCACGGAAUCGCGCACGAGAUGAUCAAUAUGCACAGAACAAUUGGCAAUCGGUAUCAUCACAAAUGCAACAGGCACAAUCCCAAUAUUAUUCGCAAUAUAGGCCGCAUCAUGGAAAUAUGUCAAUGCCACCUCCCGCCCGCGCUGGACCUCCAGCAAUGCCCGGGUCAAUCACCACGAUGCUACCCAAUGCCUCGGCUAAAGAAUACAAUGGUCCAAACUACCUCCCACUGUCUCCUCCUCCGUCCCAUCCCAAUUCACCGGCUCAGUCAGUCCGGAGUAGUGGAAGUGCCAGUUCUCAAUCCUUAAACGUCUGGUCACGAAGAAGCUCGGAUCAUCCUCAAAGCUCCUUCACAGAUACUAUUGCUAGAUUCAUGGCAGAACCUGAUGAUGCGUAUGCGGGCACUGCACCGAUGCAAAGAACUCAUUCGCAUAAUGCACCAGUAUAUCAACAAGUUAGUAACCCGGUACCUCACAUACUACAGUCCUCCAUGAAAAUGAGGUCGCAGAGUAAUCCAAACAUUCACACAAUUCAAGAGUCAAGUCAGGAGACAGCAUCAGACAUGCCAUUUGCACCACAUUCCCAAUAUUCAAGAACGGGCAAUGGUUAUCAUGCGUCAUUACAGUCAACAGUAUCAUCUUCCAACGGCAGUUCUUAUAACGUACCCAGUGCAAUGACCACUCCCUCAUCAUCGAAUAUAUCUCUAGUCUCAUCGACGAUGAAGAUUAAAGUCAAUUUCGCGGACGAUAUUUUCGUUAUUGUCGUUCCAUCGGACAUUAAAUAUCGUGAUUUAUGCGAAAGAGUAGAAAAGAAAAUCGGGUUGAGCUCCAGGGCUGCUCAUCCGUUGAAAAUUAAAUAUCCCGAUGAUGAAGGCGAUCAUAUCACAAUGUCUUCGGAUGAAGACGUGCGCAUGGCUUUUGAGGAUCGAAGUUUCCUUAACUUGUAUGUCAUUUGA